UUUUUUCCUUUUUAAAAGUGAAAGUAAAAGUGGUUAGUGUAAUCAUGAAAAGUGGUAUUAUGAAUGUGGUAUUUUUUGCAAUUUUCCAUAUUUUCCACACAUAUUUUAUGGUUAUUUAUUUUUUAUUAAAUUUUUGGUUUAAAAUAUCAAAGAAACUAUAAAAAUUCAAUAAGAAUUAUAUACUCACCACUUAGGAUAAAGUGUAGUUUCAAAUAAAAUAGUGAGAAUUGGCAAAAUGGGACACUCUUGGUUUUUAUUUGUCUGAUUUUUGAUCUUUAGACCACUUUUACUUUUUUGUAGUGAAAAAAAUAAUAUUUUAAAUUUUAAAAAUUUCAAAAAAUACAAAACUAUUAGAAAUAUAUGUAAGACUAUCUGUAUAUUUUUCAGAAAAAUAAAUUAUGUAACCAUAUUUUAUUUUAUGUCCUACCUAAACAUAGAAUACUCAUUCUGACGGUCUAGUUUAGAACUCAGAUACAAAGUAUUUUACAAUGAUCUAACUUGGAUAUAAAACAUAAAAAAGAAAAUUUAUUCUAGCCCGACUAGAGUUUGUUCUGUCUCAUUAUAGCCAGAUAACAGUAGUCUACAUCAACCUUGAAUACGUGUUGUAAAGUUUAAUAUGUAUAUGGCCUAACUUAGCUUAUUUAUAUUUUAUAAUCUAUUCUAACUAUAACCCUAAGGCCUGCUUGAUGAAAAAUACAUAUUCCACAUAGUCAUCGUUCUAGACUGCGUAGUUUAUGUAUUCUACCUAAAUAACAAAAAUAAAAAUUACCAUAUUUUGGUUCUUAUAUAUUUUUCCUAAAUAUAUCUUACAUAAAGUAAAUCUCGUUUUAUCAAAAAAAUAAAGUAAAUCUCGUUAUAUCUUCUCUCCCACGUUUUUUUCUGUUUUUUACAUUUUCAUAUUCAAUAAAAACUUAAAUCAGUUACGAAAUGUUAUAAUUUUUAAUUAAUAUUGAUUUGGUUAAUUAAAGGAUAUAAUAAUAUUAAAGAAAAUAUAAAUCUUAUUUAUCUAAAUAAUCUUCUAAAAGUCCUACCGGGACAAAGCUAAGUUGAGAGUAUCCCCUAUUUUUCCAAUUUUCCCAUAAAAUAUUUUUAUAUGAUUUUUUUCCAAAUUUCUUAAAAGGAUAUUCUGUAAACUAAAAUUUAGGAAGAAUUAAACAUGAUUACCUUUCAAAAAAAAAAAAGAAUUAAACAUGAUUAACUCCAACAAUUUGUUUUGCUUGUAUUGAUAAAGACGGAAAUACGAUAAAAGCAAACUCCAAAAUAAGAAUGAAAAUAGGAAGGAGUAAAUAUAUAUUUAACUCAAACAAACCCUUAUUCCUUUAUAACAAAAGAAAACAUUCAUCUUCACCACCACCUCUCCGUUUCUCGAUCACAACAAGAAAUUCGAUCUCGAGAAAGUGAAGCGAGCUCUAGAGAUGGAAGAAGCCUUAUUCUGUUCUCCUGAACGACGCCCAUUCGACCACAAAGAAACCCACCACUUUCUCAAGAAAAUCGAGACUGAAGAUUGUGCAGAGAGAAGUGACUACAAAGACUCAGAGAAUACAUAUGAUCUUGCCAAAGAAUUAUUCGAAGAAUCUGAUCACAUCAAGGCAUUGGAGAUAACCGAGAAAACCAUCUCUGAUCAUGGCCUGAAGAAGUCAUGCUCUCCUCACCACCAACUGCAAGGUGACAUAUUCUUUUCUCUAGCAAGAAAAGCAGAUACUACAGACAUCAAAUGUGUAUACUUGUUUGCUUCUGUUGAUGCUUACUCGAUGUCUAGUCUUCUAUGUCCUGACUCUGUAAGCUCCUUCUAUGGCUGUGCUCGUUCCCUGAUUGAAUUGGGUGACCAGCUUGGGAUAAACAGCUUUUAUAAGAAAGCUGAGUCCAAGGCUAGACAUGGAUUAUCCGUGAAGAUGCUUAAACCUCAAGAAAGUUCUCAUCAGUUCAUAGAAGAUGAUUUGAAGGCAGAACUUGAGGAUUUGAUCAAUCUUGCAACACUGAAGAUGAAUAUCAGUGAGGCUAUGCUUGUGAAAAUUAAUGUGGCUAACCAGAUGCAAGGACAGUGCAAGGUAGAUACUUACGUUAUUGAUAGAUUGAAGAACUUGUGGGGUAAGCUAGAUGAAAAGACCAAAAGGGAAUUUUUGGUAGUAGACCGUACAAGUCUUAUAGACUAUUUACGUGAUAACAUGUAUGACAAGAAAAUGAUUGAACACAUUUCCAAAUGCCUACGCGUGGAUGAUGAACUUGGCUGGAGAUGGUGGAAGUGCCGCAUUUGUCCUCAGGUAAAUUAUUGUUUCACUGAUUGCAAGUGGCACAUCUUAGAUAAGCAUGUCCACGAGUUUCUACCCCGAAUCUGUUCUCGUCCUAAGCGUGUGGAUAAGUUUUUAGCUGACAUGAUAUGUUGUGGGAACUGGGAGCCUGUGGAUACAUCAAGGGCAGUAGAUCUGAUCAAGGCAAGAAUUAAGGGUAGGGAAGAGUUUAUUUAUGUUAAUGGAUGGUGUAAUGAUUGGCCUGUAGCCAAGGAUGAAGAGCGGAAAGAAAUACUCAGACAGUUUGCUGAGGUUCUGAAAUCUUCUUGCUCCAAUGAUACUCUUCCAUGUAGCCUUUGGGACUGGUUGAUAGAUUACACAGAAGAGAAUGUGAAUCUACCUCAAGUUCAUGGGUUCUAUCUUGAUAGUUGGAGCUUCUUUAAGAAUCCUCAGUGCAUCUGCUUUUUAGAUCUGAAGAGCCUUAAAUACAUACUCGAGUAUGUUAAGCAGUUCACCACAGAUGUACGCACAGGAUUAGUUUUAGCAGUAGUUGAUCGGUUAGGGGCAAAGUCCCUGGUCAAUGAAAGAAUUGAUCUUGAGCGAGGAGGGCUUAAUCUGCUUCUGGAUGAGAGAUUGCUGUAUGAAGGAGAGCAUGGUUUUGAUGACUUAGGUACAGUAAGGACUUUUAAGUCCACUGAAAUUUAUGAGCAUGUAAUACCUAAGGGUGAUGAGAUUGUCUCUUGGGUUCUAGACUGCCCAGCAAUCGAUACAAAUUUCGUGUCUCAAGUGGCAGAAGGAGUACACAACCUUGAGAUAUGGUUAGCAGUUUUGAGAAUAGUACGGUCCACGGCUAGGAAAGAGGUAAGCUACUAUAGUAAGAGAGACAAGCUGCAAACAUAUGCUAAGAUGUUGGGUGAGGCUGAAGCCCUUUGUGACAAAGAAGACAAGUGGAGGAAUGUUUAUCAGAGGAGAAGAUAUGCAUUGACGUUUAGAAGUGUGUGUGAGAGGCGUGUAACUCAAGAUAAUGCUACCAAAUGUUGUUUCUUAAAUGUGGUAAGAGAUGUUCUUCAAGAAGCAGAAUCUCCAAGAUUCGAAGUAUUACAAGACAAAGAAUUCAUGGAGUGUAUAUCGGAGCUCUCUACCACUGUCCAAAAUGAUGUUAUUAGAAGAAGUAUGUGUAGGCUAAGAAAGUGGCUGAAUGAGAAGCUCGUUUUGAUCGAUUCAAAGAUUUUACUAAAUGAAUGGACGUACAAAAGGUUACUUGAAUUCGCCAAGUUAUCUGCAAUUGAUAAUCGCUUAGUGGUCCUUCCGUUGGUGAAGAUGUUCUUACAGAAUAAACUGAAGAGCACGAUAGAAACACAUAAGAGAAAGAUUACAACAGCUGAUGCAGGAGCUUCUGCUAAGAGACGAAGUACUCAAACGAGGGAUGGAAGAGAGUUUUUUUUAAGUAGGUGUUAUUUAGAAGGUAUUUUAUCCUUUUCGUUUUCCCAUUUUCAUGUUAGCUUUUACUUACCAGUCAAGUAGUACAACAUCCGUUUCUUAUAGCCCAGCGUGGCGGGCAGCGUAGCGGGUCUUUAAUUCAGUGCAAAUACUUUAAAACAGAAACCAAACUGAACUUUUUACUUUGUUUUAGGAACAGAUGCAUGCAAUCGUUCUAUGUUUCUUUGAUAUUUUGUUCCAUUCUUUGUGACAUGGCAACUUUUUUUUUGUGACACUGCAACUUCGUAUCUACUGUUCUCUGUUAUUAAAGAUUAAAGAAGAGAGCAACAAAAACAACAACCAAUCAAAUUGUCUUAUGCUUUGACGUCAUAAAGAAAUCCGGUUCCAGCGCUAUUUUACGUUGUUAUAUUAUUCUACGUUGCUAUAUUAUUACACACAUAUAAACAUUCAAGGAACUAUUUAAUUCGACAAAGUUCCUUGUUAUCUCGAUCAUUAAUAAACUCCAAAACCAAUGGACCACAACGAUGUAGUUAGAGAAGUGUAUUUUUAUAAGUAGUAGUUUACUUAAGCAAAUAAAAGUUUUUAUAUAUAAAUCAUAAUGGAG